CCUUUGCAAACCCAUAAUCAGAAGAACACGAAUCACUUUUGUGUCCAGAUCCAUUCAUUUUCCAGCCCAUCGUCGAAAUUUAUCGCGCAUCCAUUACUAUUCGCGGUGUUUUCAGGUGUUAUUUCCGAAGGAAAUUGUGUGAAAGAAAGUGCUCAAGUCCGGGUAGGAAUGUGGUCCAGGCGAGGCAGAGAAAGUGGCUGGCUGCUGCUGGUUUUGUCGGUGUGCAGUCUGGGGAUCGUGGUGUUGACGGAGUUGCCUCGUCCUCGGGGGGUGUCCAUAUCACGAGCGGGCCUCUAUCCGGCCGACAAUGGCGGUAAGUUUGUGUGCCUGGAUGGCCGAAAGACGAUCCAGUGGGAACAGGUAAAUGACGAUUAUUGUGACUGUGAGGACGGUAGCGAUGAACCGGGGACUGCGGCCUGUCCCAAUGGGAUGUUCCACUGUACCAAUGCCGGGUAUAAACCGAUGAACCUGCCCAGCAAUCGGGUCAAUGACGGAAUCUGCGACUGUUGCGAUGCUUCGGAUGAGUACGCUUCGAGGGCCAGUUGUGUGAACACUUGCAGCGAGUUGGGCAAGGAGGACCGGCUGCGGGAGAAACAGCGCUCCGAAAUGGCCAAGAUGGGCAACCAGCUGAGGACGGAAAUGAGCCAGAGGGGCAAGGCGCUGAAGGACGAACAGCGGGUCCGGUUUGUGGAGCUGGAGAAGUCCAAGGCGGAAGCGGAGGCACUGCGGAAGGAGAAGGCCAGCAUUAAGGAUGAUGCCGAAGCGCUGGAGAGCGCUGCGUUGAAGGUAUAUCGCGACCGCGAGGAAGAAGCGCGCAAAUCCAAACAGGAAGCAGAAGCUAUGAGCAACCGUGAGGAAGCGGAAGAAACAUUCCGUAAAUUCGAUUCCAAUCAGAACGGAGUGCUGGAAAUUGUGGAACUGCAGACCCGCAUCGUGUUCGACCGCAACCGGGACGGAGCGGUCACGGAGGACGAAGCACGUUAUUUCCUGGACGAACACGAUCAAGUUGAUUUUGAAACUUUCGUCACGCUGUGCUGGCCAAAGGUCAAACCUUUCCUGAUGCUGGAUUCGGGAUUGUUCAAACCCCCGAGCGAUGUCGAUGAACUAGAGAAGGAAGAACGUGACCCUGGACAGUACGAAACGGAGGAAGCUGAGCUGCAACACGAAAACGACGGUUACGAUCUGGACGGCAGUGAACCUUCCCAACCUUAUCACGAGGAAGAAGAGGGUGCCGAACACGAUGAGGAAGAAGAGGACGAUGAAGGAUUGGACGAACACGAAGCCGGGGAAGGUCAGGUCGAAGCCGCCGAGGAACCAAAGCAGGAAUACGAUCCGGAGACGCAGGAGCUUAUUCGAAAGGCCAAUGAGGCCCGAAACCAACAUAACGAAGCUGAUCGUCAUGUUCGUGAGAUUGACCAGGAAAUGAGAAACAUCGAAGAUCUGCUGAACAAAGACUUCGGAAAGGACGAGGAAUUCGCUCCGCUGAACGGCGAGUGCAUCAAUUACGAGGACCGCGAGUACAUCUAUAAACUGUGUCUUUUCGACAAAGCUAUCCAGCAACCGAAGAAUGGUGGCGCCGAAACAAGACUGGGUACCUGGGAAAAGUGGGCCUCCUCGGACUACACCGUCAUGCGGUACGGCAACGGGGCCACCUGCUGGAACGGACCGGCUCGGUCGGCCAUUGUUCACCUGGAGUGCGGACUGGACACCAGGAUUACCUCCGUCACCGAGCCGAACCGCUGCGAGUACGAGUACCGUGUUCAAACUCCGGCCGCCUGUUCCGUCGACGAUCCGAACCGGGACCAGCAGCAGCACGACGAGCUGUAAAGACGGAGAAGAAGCGACGGAUACAUCGAAUAGAACAUUUUUAGAAUGCCGGCACCGGUUAAAUCACUCGCCGUUUUUUCACAUGUCGUCAAGACAAACUGAUCAACUGAUAAACUAGGAAAUCGGAUCGAGUUAGAACAUUUAAAAAGUAGGAUACCACACAUUAAUUAGGUUUAAAGUUCGCCUCAAUUGUUCAUUGUCGAGAAAGGGUUCAUUAGUUGGUAAUAGUUGAUUUGAUUGAUCGAUUCUUAAGAAUUGAGUUCAGGAGGUAAAAUGUUCACUGAAUGAUCCCGAAUAUGUCUCAGGAAGCAGUAAGAAACAUCUUGCUUAGGUUGAAUAUACUUCUUUUUAUUUUUGGUUUAGAACACAUUUGGACACACAUUCCUUCGUUUUAACUUGCUAGACGUUGCAAUCGUAUACAUUGCCAGCGUGUGAUGAAGAAAUCAAUGUUAGAAGAAUAAAGUAACAAAACAAUCAAGUCGAUGGUAACAAGGACAGGAAAUUCGCGUAUGGGACAAACUAGAAGAGCUCACCGAUGUUGGAAUGCACACCUCUCUGGCGAAGUGUUUUUAUGCCUUGAAUGAGUGAAUAAAACAUGGAUAACAAAACGAAAAA